AAAGCUAUUUUCUUCUUCGGCUGACAUGGAUAGACGAGCCAAGCUCACGAGUCGGGUUUUGAUCUUUGGGGGCUGAGCUGGAGCCCAUCAGCGGUGGCGCAUAUAGUAAUUGCUCAUGGGAGGCCUGACCAAUUCGCCCAUUCUUUUGGUUCUGGUAGGGCCACUGACAGGUCCCAUCUUUCCUGGCAUCAUCAUUCCAUCUGGUAGCGGGCGAUUUGCAGUACUCCGUACACACUGCUUGGGGAGGCCGGGGAACCCCUGGUUUCAAAACUUCCCGCGACGCUGGUUGGGUGGGGGUGGAGAGCGAAGAAGAGGGAGAGGAUCCGGGUCAUUUUUGGACCUUGUCUGGCCCAGACUUUUUUUGGCCAGUAUGGAUACUCCAAUGGCGAUGGGGAGGAGGGAGGGGCUCUGGGAGGCGAAAAUGGCAACGCCGCAACGGCAAAGCAUGGUCAGGCAUUGAGGAGGUCUCUGUUCGCCAUGUGGUUAGAGGGGGAGGUGGCUUGUUCAGUCGUUACGAUGGUACGCUGGCGUGGGCUCGGGGAUGGAGUCGUGGCCGUUGAGAGCGUUGGUAAACUUGGCGCCGGUGGGAUUUGAUUGUCGUUACAUCAGGUCAGAGUAUUCUUUUCCUCUCUUGCCUUCAAUCCUUUAAU